AUGGCAUCCUCCCAGCCGGCCAAGCCACCGCUCAUCGGCCAGCCAUCAAGCGCCCAACGAGGCUCGCAGCCAGGCCUACGAUACCCUGCGAGCGGGAAGACGAUAUACCAUAGGCCCUUAAAUCGCAGUCGAACGCAAGAGCUCAGCCAGGCCAGCUUUGCAUAUCUGUUUGGGGAGAUGGUCAGCUAUGCGCAAAAACGUGUCACUGGUAUUCAAGACCUCGAAAAAAGAUUAAAUACUCAGGGACACCCUAUCGGUCUCAAACUCCUCGACCUCCUCCUCUACCGCGAGCCUCCCCGCACACAAACCCGUCCACUCCACAUAAUCGCUCUCCUCCAAUUCAUUACCACCAUACUCUGGAAACAUCUCUUCUCCCGCCCAGCCGAUGCCCUGGAAAAAUCCUCUAACCCAGAAACGCCCGAUGAAUACAUGAUCUCAGACAAUGAACCGCUAGUGAAUCAAUACAUCAGUGUACCGAAAGAGAUGAACCAGCUAAAUUGUGCGGCGUUCGUGGCAGGCAUUAUAGAGGGUGUAUGCGACGGCUCGGGAUUUCCAGCUAGGGUCACGGCACAUAGCGUUGGAAAGGGAGAGGAGGGCGAGUUAUGGCCUGGAAAGACAGUUUUCUUGGUAAAGUUUCAGCCGGAGGUUGUCGAGAGAGAGGCGUAUUUAGGAAGGACUUGA